CCGUCUGGCUCAGAAUUCUGUCCUCAAGCGGGUGGGUUGCCUCCCGCCUGCGGCCGCGCGCCGAGGGGGGGGGCUAUGGCCGCCGCAGACGCCGGGGAUGCCGAGAAGAGGCUGAAAGCGGUGCGGAAGAAGCUGGCCCAGAUCGACAAGCUGAAAGAGAAGGGCGGCGACCUCGACGCAGACCAGCGGGAAAAGCUGUCUGGCGAGCCGGCACUGCUGCGCGAGGCCUCGGAGCUAGAGGCCGCGCUGGCGGCAGGAGGCGGCGGCGCCAAGGCCGAUCCGGCGCCGAAGCCGGCCGAGGCGGCGCCGAAGGCGGCGGCGAAGCCCAAGGCCGCCGCUGCGGAGCCCGCCCCGGCCCUGCCGCCGGCCGAGGCGCCGGCGCCUGCGGAGGAGCAGGGCCUGUCGCCGUUGGAGGCGGACAAGAGGCUGAAGGCGAUCAAGAAGAAGCUGGCGCAGAUCGCCAAGCUCAAGGAGCGGGGCGGCGAGCUCGACGCCGAGGCGAAGGAGAAGGUGGCCUCCGAGGCGGAGCUGCUCCGGGAGGUGGGGUGCCUGGAGCGGGGCGUGCCCUUCGAGCCGCCGGCCAGGUCCGGGGGUCCCCCCUCCCGGAGGAGGAGGCGGAGCAGGAGGAGGAGGAGGAGGAGGAGGAGGAGGAGGAAGAAAAGGAGGAGGAGGCAAAGGAGGAGGAGGAGGAGGAGGAGGAGGCAGAGGAGGAGGAGGAGAGGAGGAGGCGGAGGAGGAGGCGGAGGUGGAGGAGGAGGGGAGGAGGAGGAGGAGGAGGAGGAGGUAAAGAAGCUCGACGACGAGCCGGGACUCAUAGAGGAGCUGGCUGGCAUCCGUGCCAGAGCUGAGGCUCUCAUCGCCGAGCGGCGCGAGCGCGCCAAGGCCGCGACAAGCAAGCCCGCAGCGGUGGCUAAGGUCAAGGCCGCGGCGGCCACCGCGGCGGCCAAGGUCCGCCAGGCUGCUUGGACCUGCCCGUCCUGCGGCGCCUCCGGCGAGCCUCAAGACCUGCUCGAGGACCCGACCACGUGCCCUUCCUGCGGCUCCGACGGGCUGAGGCACGCCCAGCCGCCAGACGACGAGGAAGAGGAGGAGGAGGAGGCGGAGCCUGGGCCGGUCGAGGAGAAGCAGAAGGCCGCCCCCGUCAGCAGUGCUCUCAGGACAGGCCGCCAGAGGAACGCGGCGGCGGAGGGUGGCACCAAGCUGGCCGCUGGCGAGCACGCGUGGCCGCAGCCGGCCUCUGCGAGCUGGCCAGAGGUGAAGGAGGUGUUGGAGAGCGGGGAGUGCGGCGUGGACAGGAGCCGCAUCAAGAAGGCGAUAGCGGUCGACCGCCCCAAGGACCCAGAGUACAGCACGUUCGAUUCCACGCUGCUUAGGUGUUUCUUCCUCACCAAGGUGGAGCUCAGGCUUCCGCCCGGCGUGCUCGAGCAGGAGGCAUUCCAGCUCUUCUUCCCCAGCACCAUGGCCGAGAGCCUGCUGGAGCUGUCCCUGCAGGGCAACGCUCUCUCCGCCAUGCCGCAGGGCCUGCGAGAGCUGCAGCGCAUACGGUCGAUCAACCUGUCGCACAACAAGAUAUCUUCGUUGCUCGAUGUAGACACGUGGGACAGCAUCGCGGGGUCCCUCGAGAUGUUAGAUAUUUCCUUCAACCAGCUCACCUCGAUAGAGCAGCUGACGCCUUUGACGCGGCUGUCCGCCCUGAAGGUAGACGCAAACAAGCUGACGUCGUUGGAAGGUAUCUCUUGGGGGCAACAGAAGCAGCUGGUGACCCUCUCGGCCGUCGGCAACGAGAUUUCUGUGCUUCCAGAGGCAGUAGGUGAAGUGUCGAGCUUGGAGCACAUAGAGCUCAGCGAGAACAAGAUCACUGUCAUUCCUACCGGCCUGGUUGAGCUGAAGAAGCUCAAGUUGUUCAACGUUGCAGGCAACCCUAUCAAGGACAAAAAGGCAAUGGCAAACUCAGAGAAGGGCAUAAAGGAUCUGAAAGCGUACCUGAGCAAGGUGGGGGGUGGCAAGAAGCGGUAG